AUGAUUGACCAGUCAGAGCCACAAAUUUCAGCGGCAGAGCCCUCAGAAUCUGUCGGCGAUACAACACUAAUCCCGUUCCCAGGAAUCAGAGACGGUGUCCAAGUAUUUCUGGGAGGAUCCAAUGGAGUCGAAGCAUACCGAAUCUUCGGCGACUAUAAUUUGCGUACAUAUUCAAACGCAACGAACAAACGUCACUUCCUCAAUCUUGGUGCCUUUAGGAGAAAUAUUAAUAGACUCGGGCUCUGGUUUGAGCGUGUCUUGCGGCAACCGAUAUCGUUUUGGCCUUUGAGCCAGCCUCGGGAUCUUGAAAAUGUCCUGGGGGAUGGGUACAGCCGUUUCUUUUGGGAUUGUGUCUUACAGGAUUGUGGAAUGCAAAUGAGCUUCCAGAUUGAUGAUAGGCAUUUCGAAUCCAAUAAUAAAUCGACCAAGGCCGACGUGGCCUCGCUCCAGGCCACAAAAGGGGGUAUAGCUGAUACAGCUAAGGCUAGACCAAUACGCAGACUUCCACGCGUCGUCCUGUCUGUUGGACUGUAUUGGCUCUUAAUUUUAACCUGUUUAAUCCCCGUCAUAGCUUUUAUUAGUCUAUGGUAUAGUUCUCGGUUUGUAACACGCCGUGAAAGCACUAGCGCGUCGCUGAAGCUAUCGGACGAAGCCAUAAACUCCAAGCCCUUCUCUUUUUCUCUCUAUGUUUACGUUAACGUUAUCGAGAGGCUUUAUAACAGAGUUAGUAUGGGAAUAUUGUGUCUUUUUGAUCCCUCAGAUCGAUAUAGUUGCCUGAGAUUCAGGUACCCUGUUGACCCGAAAAGUUUGAAGAAAAGUGUUUUACCCUUCACACUUGAGUUAUGUUCUCUCGUAGUGGAUGUGUUCUUAAUCUGUAUCACAAUUCCCUUACUCUUAAUUUCAUUUUACGGGGUGUUCCGGGAGAAUUGGAAUUUAUUGACUGGUAGGGCCGACGCAAUACCAGAUGUGGCGGGCGCUGGGGGUUUCGAUGACGACGUUGAUUGUGACUCUCCCAACAUCGACAUGGCGGUUGAGUGUAGUAAGAGAACCGCGGCUCCAGCAGGACAUCAAACCACGAAAACAGAGUCUCGCGGCCAAGAACCGCGUAAGUUCCGGCACGCUCGUCUUCGAAAAAAGUCCCGUGCUGCAAAGGAAGGCAAUAAUUCACUACCAGGCUCUAGAGCCCCUUCGACCAACACUGCGGCUGCGGAUCCGGUCCCGAAGCCGCCAACCAUCUCAGAUAAUUUUCAAAUAUUCUUCUGCGCUCGAGGAAGUGUAGGUGAUCGCGAUGUUGUUAAAGUCCUCAAAUUUUCAAAGUCACAAAAUGAUAGAGAUCUAUUUUCGGCCUUUCGCAAAUCUUACUCUGCUAUACGAGGGUGGAAACUUUGGUUUUCUUUUACUCAUAUCCAUGAUAUUCAGUACAUAAAGUUCAACCGUUAUUCAUCCAAACAAAUAUCUCGCGGCGAUGGCCUCUGCUACGUUGACACGACGAGACAAAGUCUUCCGGACAGACAAGAUAAGAACUAUGCAAUCCCACACCGAGAACCUCCAGUACCCAUCAUACGUCCCAUGUGUCGUCCAGAAAUCAUGGACCACUACGAUCACCCAGAUGAUUCCAUAAACGCUUCCAAUUGCAUCAAGUUCGCGAUGCCAAAAAGAGUUAACGAUCUACCGGCGGGAAGAUGUGAUGCAUGGGGUUUAUAUGCUGCAGAAGCAAUUUGCCCAACAAAGAUCCUUAUUUGGGCUCUUAUAGUUAAUAUAGUCCCUAUCUUUGCAUUUGCACCUUGGUGGUUGGUGAACCAUCCUGGUGAUUUGCAGAAUGCUUUUGUACCAUCUACGGUGAUUUCGGUCGCGUACUUUGGAACGGUUUCGGUUGACGUGGCUGCUAGAAUGGGGAAACGUUAUAACUACGAAUAA